AUGGAAUACAACAACAGCGCCCACCGCGCUCACCAGCCCCAGCACGUCGACACGGACCGGCUGGCGGCCGACAUGACGGAGCAGUUUCGUCAGGUCCUCAGCACCAAGCGCAUGAACGAACUCACAUCACGCUCAUCUCAAUCGCGCUCCUCAUCGCCCGCACCGAGGGACUUCGGCACUCCACAGCCGCCGCCGUCGCAGUCUGCCCCGCCGACGUACGCUUCCAUCAGGAACAUCCCCCUCGUCCCUGAAGCGCCUCGCGAUGCGCGCUCCCUCCGCUUCAAGAACAUGCUGCACUCACUCUCCAACAUGCCCGUUCGAUGGGAGAACCCUGGACUCCUCGACGAGGCUCUUCGCGUCAUCCCACUGGAGCAGAUCUACAACGAGGCCGAGGAAGAGAGCCAAAUAUUGCAGGCCGAAGCUGAGAGUAUGUCUGCCGGCAAGAAGGCCGCCUGGGGCUACCAAGAUUGCGUUGUCCGCGCACUCCUCCGAUGGUUCAAGCGAUCCUUCUUCUCGUGGGUCAACAACCCGCCGUGCUCGCGAUGCUACUCACCAACCGUCGCCGUUGGCAUCACUCCACCACUACCCGACGAGCAAGCCCGUGGCGCCAACCAGGUAGAGGCUUACCAAUGCUCCCACGAGGCCUGCAAAAACUACGAGCGCUUCCCACGAUACAACGACGCAUUCGUCCUGCUGCAAACACGCAAAGGCCGAUGUGGCGAGUGGGCCAACUGCUUCAGCAUGCUCUGCCGCGCUGUCGGCUCAAGAGUACGCUGGGUCUGGAACGCAGAGGACCACGUCUGGACCGAAGUCUACUCUGUGCACCGCAAGCGAUGGGUACACGUAGACGCCUGCGAAGAGGCAUGGGACAAGCCCCGGUUAUACACUGAUGGCUGGGGCAAGAAGCUCUCCUACUGCAUCGCCUUCUCAGCGGAUGGUGCCAUGGACGUCACCCGUCGGUACGUCCGCGACGCUAAGCACGCAGCUGAGCGCAACCGCGCACCAGAGGCCGUCCUCCUCCACAUCAUGGACGAGAUCCGAGCAACACGACGCGCCAACAUGUCCAAGCAGGACAAGUUCCGCCUGCAGGGUGAAGACAUCCGCGAAGCCAAGGAGCUCCGCCAGAGCGUCAUCUCAUCCAUUGCACACGCUGUCAGCAAACUCAAGCCAGAAGACAUCAUCAACGCUCAAGUCACCCGCCGCCUAGACCCCGAUGCCCAGAAGGCAUUGGAGGGCCGCAUGAGCGGCAACGCCCAAUGGAUACGAGCGCGCGGCGAGGGUGGACAAGGUCAACAGAACCAGCAAGACCCUCGAAACCAGCACCCGCGCUGA